AUGGCUGCACCCGGGACGCCCUGGCCCGGCCUGGCCCGGCCCGCGGGCCCCGCUCGCUCUUUUGGUCUUGGAGCUGCUUUUGCCGCUGCCGGGAGCCAAUGGGCCGCCGAGUCCUCUCCGCCGCCGCCGCGCCCCCCGUCAGCGCUCCAUCACUGGGCGCAGUGCGCAGCCCUACUAGGAACCACACGACUGAGUGUGAUACAGGCACCUGCCUCGCUUCCGUUGGAGCAGGGCAGCCAGGCCACCCUGACCUGCCACAUGGCACAUGACCAGGGCUGGGAACGGCUCCGCUUCGUGUGGAACAAGAAUGGUAAGGAUCUGUGCCAUGCUCUCAUCACCCAUGGCCGACUGAACCAGAAGAAUUGUGGGCCCCAGGGGCAGCUGUCCUGGCGGGCACCAGGGACCCUCACGCUGAGCCUGGGCCCGGUGAGCAUCAACGACAGCGGGAUCUACGUGUGCUGUGCGGCUGUGGAGAUUCCGGACCUGGUGCAGGGCAAGGGCAACGGCACGCAGCUGCUGGUGGAGGCAGGAUUCCUGGUGGCGCUGCUGGUUGUGGGGGGCGUGUUUGUGAUUGCUGUUGGGCUGUGGCUUGGGAUUUGGGGCUGUAGCCGCUGCAGAAGCAGGGAGUCAGGAAGUCCUUUGUAUAGCAACGUCCUGUACCGUUCCCGGGGGACCCCAAAGAAACCCGAGGCCAGUCCUGGGGAAGGGAAGGUGCUGGACCCACCCAGGGCGAACCAGAAAACCGAGAGCUUCUAUUCGACGUCCUUCCCCCUGCCAAUCACCUCUUCACCGCGUCUGCCCUUCACCCCACCACCACGCGCCUCCACUCCACCACCACCUCUUCCCCCAAAGCCUUGCUCCAGCCCAAAGUCCAGCUAUUCCAUCUCCGUGAUCAAAGUCUCUCCCAGCCCAAGUUUCUUGGAGGCCCCGAGGCUGAGAGGGUCCCCUGGAAUAAGAAGGGGAGUCCUCUCCCAAGGGAUGCAAGAGGGCUUCCAUCAGUGA